AUGAAACUGACUGCGGUGGAUGGCGACACACCAUUUCUUCCGGAAGAAAUAAUCAGAAACAUUCUCACACGGCUUCCUGUGAAAUCCCUAAUCCGAUUUCAAUGUGUCUGCAAGCAUUGGAAAAAACUCAUCAAGACCGACUCUGCCAUCGCAGAACACUUGCACCACUCCACUAAUGAAAACCCCUUGCUUCUUUUGCAGUCGGACUUCAGGUGUGAUCCUCUGCACUUGUUUAUGCUCAAUAAUGAGAUGCAGGUUCUUGAAAUUCAGUCGUCGCCUGUGGUAGAUUCCUUACGGUAUGCUAGGAUCGUUGGUUGCAGCAACGGCUUGCUCUGUGUUAGCACUGGUUAUGGUGCACCACUUCCUUUUCUUCCUUCCCUUUUCUUGUGGAAUCCUGCCACUAGAGAGAUUAGACAGGUGCCAAGAAUUAUGCACGACGAUAUUGAUUCUAAUUAUGAUUUAUUCGCAUUUGGGUUCAGUCCAAUUGUUAAUGAUUACAAGAUAGUGGUAUCUCAUGAAACUGCGUUUGAUUCUGAGGAUGAUCUAGUAGUAGAAGUGAUCGUUGAGCUUGGUGGUUUGGGUAAAGAUGAUGUUAUUGAAUGGAUAAUAGUUUCAUUUGACAUAGCAACGGAAGUGUUUACGUUGAUACCACAGCCUACAGCAUUAUCAGACCGUGAUUUACGUGGCUCGCUUACUGUACAUCAGAAUCAACUAGCUAUACUUUUUUAA